AAACAACUUUAUUUCCGUGUUUGACCGUACUUCACAUAAUACGUCGGACAGUGUUGAUAUCUGAGUUGGGACAGUGAGUUGAACUGGCAGUCCAGACGUCAUAACGGAAAAGUCAGAACGUUCAGCCAGCAUGGAGGUGUCAACAACCUUUGCCCAGGUUGUAUUUCAGAAUAUACCCCACUCAUACACGCCAAAUGUUCCCGUGACUUGCUGCUACACUCUGACAUCAGCCAUCCAACCGAAUCCCAGAGACUGGGUGGGCAUAUUCAAGGUGGGCUGGAGCAAUACAAAGGAUUAUCACACGUUUGUGUGGGUGGAGCCAUCAGUCGGUCUUGAAGGACAGGAGCCAGUCAUGAAACAAGUAAUUUUUACAACAUACUACUUGCCAAAAGACGACGCAGAGUUCUAUCAGUUCUGCUAUGUUGAUAGCACUGGACUAGUGAGAGGAGCCAGCACCCCCUUCUGCUUUAAAACACCUGAGGAACAAAGCACAGACAGCCUGGAAAAUGACCUCCUAAUUAUAACAACGCAGGAAAAAGUAGAUCAACGUGAGAGGGAGCAAGAAGAGCUUGUGAGGGAGUUAAGGCAGCAGACAGAGCUAAAUGAGACCCUGAGAAGUACCUUGAAGGAGCAACAACAAGAGAUUCAUCGCCUUAAGCUGUCAAAUGAGGGAUCAUACCAGGCAAACUGGAACCUGGAGAAGCACCCACAGAAUGCCAGAGAUCUUGUAAAAUUGACCCAGAACUCUAAACCAAUGGGUGCCUCAUCCAAAGGACUGGAGGAUAAUGUGGAAAAAGGUGAGAGGGAGAGAGCGGAGCUGGCCAUGGAGCUGCAGCAACUGAAGGAACAAAAUGAGGCACUGAAAUGUGCCCUAAUGGAGCAGCAGAGCAAAGUUUGUUGCCUUAAGGAAAAUGUGGAGAAAAAUGAGAGGGAGAAAGCUGAGCUGGUCAUGGAAUUGAAGGAACAGAAAGAGCAAAAUCAGACUCUAACAAGUGCCCUACAAGAGCAGCAGGACAAGUCUAUGACCACCAGUUCUGAGAAAUAUGACCAAGCGUUGACUAAGAUCAAGCAGCUGAAGAGCGAGCGUGGCGAGCUGAAAAGAAAAGUUGAAGAGCUAAGUGAGGAGAUUGCACAGCUGAGCCCAAGGCUCAGAGAAUCUGAGCAGGAGUCCAGCAGACUGAAGGAUCACAUUCAGAUUCUACAGGUGGACCUCCAGAGCACUGAGAAAGAGAAGCUUUCCACAGAGCUGCGCGGAAUGGGAAGCCUCACACACAACCUAGAGGACCUGAAAACUGAGAACAAAGCUUUACGCAGGAGCCUGUCAGAGCAGGGCCAGCAGCAUCAUCUACCGGACGAGAAGGUGGACAGUGAGAUGAAGAAAUACAAAGCCUAUAUCAGUCAGCUGCACGAAGCGAACACAAAGUUACAGCAGGAGCGGCAGGCUUCCAUCCACAUACGCAAGUGGGCAGAGCAUGCAGAGGCUGAACUGAAGGAGCUCAAGGAACAGAAGGAGCAAAAUCAGACUCUAACAAGUGCCCUACAAGAGCAGCAGGACAAGUCUAUGACCACCAGUUCUGAGAAAUAUGACCAAGCGUUGACUAAGAUCAAGCAGCUGAAGAGCGAGCGUGGCGAGCUGAAAAGAAAAGUUGAAGAGCUAAGUGAGGAGAUUGCACAGCUGAGCCCAAGGCUCAGAGAAUCUGAGCAGGAGUCCAGCAGACUGAAGGAUCACAUUCAGCUUCUACAGGUGGACCUCCAGAGCACUGAGAAAGAGAAGGAGAAGCUUUCCACAGAGCUGCGCGGAAUGGGGAGCCUCACACACAACCUAGAGGACCUGAAAACUGAGAACAAAGCUUUACGCAGGAGCCUGUCAGAGCAGGGCCAGCAGCAUCAUCUACCGGACGAGAAGGUGGACAGUGAGAUGAAGAAAUACCAAGCCUAUAUCAGUCAGCUGCACGAAGCUAACACUAAGUUACAGCAGGAGCGGCAGGCUUCCAUCCACAUACGCAAGUGGGCAGAGCAUGCGGAGGCUGAACUGAAGGAGCUCAAGGAGCAGAUGGAGAGCACGGUCAAGGCGUCCACUCAGAUGAAAAUGAAGAACAGCAAACUAGAGAUGAAACUGACAGAGUUACAUGGAAUAAUUCAGGAGAAAGAGAAUAUGACAGAGAUGGCUGAAGUUGAGAAAGUGGAGUUGUCCAGAGAAAAUCAGGAUCUCAAGAGAGAUAUUGAAAAACUUCGCAGGGAGGUUGCUGACCUCCAGGCUGCUCAAGUCUCUGCACAUUACUCCAACCCUUACAGCUCUUCUACUGACCCCAACCCCACUGCUGUGCAGCACCAAGACACCCAGGCUAACACCCUCUACUUCGGGAACCCCUAUGAGACACCUGGGACUGCUACAAACCCGCACCAGGAUGAGUUGUCCUUGGAGUGUCGACACUGCCACGAGUGCUUUCCUGGCAUCACCCAGGACGAGCUGGAGCAACACGAGCUCAGCCACAGGGUGUGUCCAUUCUGCACCUUGAUCUGUGACAAUAUGGAGCAGACCUCCUAUGAAGACCAUGUCUACAGCCAUGAGGUGUAGACACACCACCUUCUCCGCCCUCAGAGUAGCUAGAAGAGUGGCACAGCAACUCGACUGUAAUCUUCUUUUCGUUACUGUAAAUUCCCAAUUAUGUAGUAAACGAAGGAUUAGGACUUUAAUGUCUGGUAAAUUUGGAACCAACUGCUUUGCCUAAAUCUAUCAAUUAGAUAUUAGAUAAUUGUUUGAUAGCACUGAAGCUAAGACUCUCCAGUUUACAUUCUUAAUGUUGGCCUAGGAGAAAGGCUUCCUUUCAUUGCUUUCUCUUCUUGAGUGUGUUUAUUAAAGCUAAUUGCACUAUACUUUCUCCCUUUUAAACCUAACGGUUGAUAUAAUGCAUUGCAUAAGAAGUACGUGUCAAACAAUACCAUCUGAAAAUGUAAUAAUGAAAACAAAAACAAUGGUAAUCAGAGACAGAAAAAUAAACAUUGUUUUAUAACAGUAA